GUUUAACACCGUGAAACCACUGGUGGCAAGUACAAACUAACCGGCUCUCAGGUGAUUUAGAUCGGUUUGCGUAUGUACUGUUCCUCAUUGGUCUUCGGAAUACUUGUUGCUAUCUCCUUAGCCUGGCUUUUUGGUACACAGAAGGAUAAAGAGCUUUUGAUAAAAAGUAAGUGGACUGCUGUUGAAAAAGCCUUUUUACUCUCUAUGCAAGGUAGCCUAUCUACCUCGAACCGGCUUAUCCGAUCCAAGCGAGUCAUACAUAAUUUUCCUGUUGAAAUUUUGGAACCGGUCAUCGUUGAUUACCUUUUAGUGCAACCGGCGCUCUAUGCAGUUACAAUCGUCUGAUGUCGCUGAGGAUAUUUCAUCCUGUGCAAUGUUGUCUACCCUUUCCUGCAAAGCUAACGAACGCGAAAAAAAUUUUGACGUUUUUCGCUGAAUUACCAUCUCUUGGUCUGUUUAUUCUUGCGUUACAUGUUAUUUUCAGCCAAAUUUUUUUUCGAGGGAAGCGUAGGAAAAUUUGUUCUUAAAAUAUCUCUUCAUUUCAUUUUUCUCUUUUUUUGUCAACGUUGCAGUUGAAACAAGAUAUUUUCAGUAUAUCGAGUGAUUUUGCUGUGUGCAAUCCUCGAUGAUGUUGGCGUAGACGAACAAUAGAAUAAUAUAAUUUUAAAAUUUGCCUUUUCAGAGAAGUAAUAGGAAGGCAGAUGUACAAAUUUUCUAUGUCAGCUCUCCAUUUAAAAGAUUUGGAAUAAGUUUUCUCUAUCAAUUACAUUCCAUAAAGCAGCUUGUCUUAAACUAAAACGAAACUUUUUAUUGCUUCAUUAAAAAGAGAGGCAUAUUGGGUAUCAUUGCGAGCGUUUUAAGAUGAAGACAGAUGGAUAUUAUUUACAAGUUAUUUUUUGCACUAAAGAACGAGGCCAAUAUUUAGCCCAAUUGCCUGAACAAGGCUGGCCAAUAAAGAGAAAUUAUUUUUAAUCGACUUGUGUAGGCAGUUUUUUUAUUGUCAGAAAGUAUAUUGUUAUGAUUUUUAUUUUUAUUAUUGGGGCAGAAUAGCGGGGAAAUGAACCUAAUUUUUGCCCAUUUUUUUAGUCAUGCAGAUCAUGGGAAUAGCCUUAAAUUAGUUCCUUGGGAAAACUGUUUUUUACAGUAAAAGACUUACUGCAAUGUUUCAAAAAAUCUUGUUUUAAGUGACCUUAAACUGUAUCCAUUUACCUGAAAAGCCAUGUUAUUUUCAGUGGCAACACUUGUAGAAUCCAAUCAGACACGCGACCAAAUGACUGAGUUUUGGAACAAACACUCCAUGGCUCAAAGCGUUGAGGAAAUGAUGUUGGACAGUAAGGCAGAAACCUUGACACAGGAUGAGCACCCAGAAGUCAUGGGAAUGCUGCCAAACAUCAAAGGAAAUGAUGUCCUGGAGCUGGGAGCAGGAAUUGGGUAAUUAAUGAAAAUAUUUUCUAAUAAGGUGUUGCUUUUUGUAAUGUGAGCUGCAAGUUUUUGUGGUUGAAUUUAGAUAAGUUUACCUCAAUUCAGGCAGAAAAUUAGGGUUAAAUUUCUUAAACCCUUCAACUUUCUCAAUUAAUUAUCAUGCAACUUCUCCCUAUAAUAUCCUACAUUAUCCAGCAACAGGAAUUGAGAAUACUGAAACUUAUCUGGUGGAAAUUAUUAUCUUGAUUUAAUGCUAAAUUCUCACAACUAAUUUAUGAGGAAAUGUUUAGCAGCUAGAAGGGAGAAUCAACAAUCAGAUCUGGAAAGUUAAAGGGUUACACUGGUUUGCUUUUUGUCUCUAGAAGUAUGACCUACAGCGAAUGUUUCCUUAAAUAUAAUUGGUACUAUAUUUCCUUAAAGAACCACCAGGCACUUACUUAAAAUUUUGACUUAAAAGAGGAGAACUUGUUGGAAGGAAGAGGCUUAAUCAAGGGGACCACUAAGAAAUUAUUAUUAUUAAUUAUUAAGAAAUUAUUAACCUGUACUGAUCACACUGUAGUUGAAGGUUAAAUGGUUAAAACAAUAAAUUGGCAAUAGAAGCAGGGUUUUCCAUGUAGACCUAUUAUAAGAAAGUGAGGGAGGAGGGGAGUGCUUGUGACCUCAGGGGUAGGCACUUAGUUAGGAGAAGGUGCCUUUUGGAGGGUGGGUGCUUAUUUAAGGAAAUACCGUAUUUCAAUCCCUAUCAACCUCAGUGAUAUCAAAUUUUCCUGUGUGCUGAUAAAAUGUUUGUGAUCACUUUUCCAAAACACCAAACUUGAGCUUGUAAAAUCUCCUUAGUUUCAAUUUCUCUAAAAGACCACUUUAUACAGGCAGCUGAAUAGGCUUGGUAUUUUGGGUGAUUGCUAAAAUAAAGUUUGACUAUUGGUAAAGUCAUCAAAAAUUUUAGCACCUUGACAAACUUAGGGUAUAUAAAGCUUUCCUUUCUCAUUGGAUAGAAAAUUUUGGGAACCUAUACAGGCAAUAGCACUUCCCUUUAAAUUAACUUACUUACCUUUUCUUCUAUGUCAGGACUUUAAUUGUGAUUCAUGUUGUGUUGUUAUUGUUUCAUCAAGUGUUGAUCAGAGGAGCCUCUUGAAAACCACCUGUCUGGUGAUAGAGGCUAUCCUCCGCGCCCUGCGCUGCACUCAGAGUCAGUAUGUACUUGACUGUUUGCUGAUGAAGGUAAAUAUGUCAUGGUACUGGUAUCAUCACAUCCAUGGUGAUGGAUAUUAUUUACUCUAUGUUAAAAAUCGUGCAAUGAUCUUAUGAUCUAGUAUAUGGGAUUUUUACUGAAGCAAGAUUUCUUAGUUUUUACCAAAUCUGUAUAAAUCAUUUAACUUAGACAUGCUAUUAUUAUUAACUUCGGAAUGUCAAUUGAUAAGGGUUCAUAUAUUUAGAUUAAAAAAUCUUUCAAUUACAGUACUUUGGAUGAUUGUUACAUCUGUAACCACAUAACAUUUUUUAAGAGAUAAGUCAAUUCCCUUGGAUUGAUUAAAUAGAUUAUUUAGUGAAACACAACACUAAGCAAACAUAUCAUUUGUGGCAUCUGUAUUUACUGAUUUGGAAACAAAUAAUUGUGGCAAUUUGGAACCAUUUGGGUAGACAUGGAAAACAACAUGGAAUAUCCUUAAAGGAGAAUUUUGUUGAGUGUACAGAGUAAAAGCACCAGAUAAACUGAUUGAUGCAUUAUGAAAAUAUUCUCUUACAGUAUGUCACUAUUAUUGUAAAGAAAAAGUCCCAUAGUGUAACUGUUCCCAUAGUAAGGCCACACUUGACUUGAAGCUGGAUGCAACAGGUAUGUCAAAAUUGUGCCUUUUUUCGUUUCUUAACAGACGUUUUACUGGAGAUAUUGCACAGGAAGCUCGUCAUGUUACUGCUGUUGAUUUCAUGCAGUCAUUCACUGACAAGAACAAGGAAGUGAAUGGCGCUAAGUUCAACAACAUUGACUUUGUUUGUGCUGAUGUUACAAAGCUGGAAUUGCCAAAAGGAAGGUAAAUAUCUCACAGUGAAACCAUUUUAUCUAUAUUUCCUCUGAUGUUAUUGAAAAGCAUUAUAUAACAGUUGGAAUUUUUACUGUCCAACUAAACUGGUGAACAUCUAUGGAAAUGGAUUAAACAAGGUAGCCUUGAGUCAGACCUUAACACUUUACACCUUAAUGUCAGAAUGCAUAUUCUCCAUACUGUUCUCUAUACAUUUCUUAAAGUGCCAAGAAGGAGAAUUUUUUAACCAUCAAGAGAUUCUCUCAGUGGUGAUCAUUUCCUUUAUUCUUGUGACCCCAAUGUUUGAUUCAGGAGUGAUACAAUUAAGAGAAACUACAUGCUGGUCACUCUUAAGAAAACAGAAGUUUUUUUUUUUCUGUGACUGGUUAAAUACAGUAGGGUAUUCUAAGGAACAGGGUUGAAUAUGAGCUCUGUAUAUAUCUUUUUAUUGCGCUUGCAGACAAAACAGUGUUGUUAGAUAUUUACAUAUUAAUUGCAUGUAUACAUCUACUUCACAAGUUUGAGGUCUAUACUGAAAGUUACAGACCAAGAUUUGUCAGCAGACAAAACAAGGUUCUGUAACUUACAGUACAGACGGAAAAGGAGGUUAAUAAGAUACUUGGUAUAUCUCUGGGUGUAAAUAGAGGGGGAGGGACGACUUCAGUGAAAUAUGGCCUGCUGAACUGACCAAUCAUAGCACCUGUAUUGACUGAGAUAUAAUAAGAUAGAGAAAAGAGAUUCUAAAUAACCCAACUAACCUUCAUGUUAUCCCUCUUUCUAUCUCAGCUAUGAUGUGAUUUUCUCCAACUGGCUUUUGAUGUACCUUUCUGAUGAAGAACUUGAGAAGUUGGCUAUGAACAUGCUUCUGUGGCUACGAGAUGGUGGCCACCUUUUUUUCCGGGAGUCUUGCUAUCAUUCCUCAGGGGACAUGAAAAACUCAGAAAAUCCCACAGUGUACAGGACUCCUCAAAUGUACACAGAAGUCUUUUCUGCUGUCAAAGUGAAACUUCCUAAUGGUAAUUCCUCUUCCCUGGAAGUGGUGACCAAGCGUUCAGUGGAGGCAUAUGCAAAGGUAACCCCAGUCAGUAAAUAUGUUAUGAAAGGGUACAUACGAAAUGUCGUUCUUUGACACCAUUUAUUUGUCAAACAGUCAGUUCUACCCAAGUAAUGGAGGGUGUACAAUUUGGAAGUCACUUCUCCCUCAAUUCCAUAGUGAGGUUAACACACUAAAACUUACCAACACACUAAAACUUGCAAUAGAUAUCAGGGAAUUCAGUUAAAAUCAGAAAUUAAAGAAUUUUCCACCCACAUGGCAGAAUUUUCUGGUAAAAUUCAAUGGCCUCAGCUGUUUCAAUUUCAAACCUGCAGAGUGUUUUUCUGUUUUUAUACUACUCUCUUGCUACCUCAUUUGUCUAUGUAAACCCUGAAUUACACCAGUUUGCCCCAGCCAGACCAACACUCAAGGUCGUAAAAUAACUGAGGAGAAUGUGCUACCUUUCUAUAAUGUCGAGAAAUGGAUAGACAUUCUAGUCUUCUUGGAUAAGGACGAAUAAACUGUAGGUCCUGUCUCCUGCUUCUAUUAAUUAGUCAAUUUGGUUAGGCAGGGAACAUUAAAGAACCCACUCAUGAGAUUACUGUGAUGUGGUCUGGCCUGUUUACUGGGAAUGUGGGAGGGGGUCUGGCCUUGUCAUCGUUAAUGCGGGAUCCACUGUAAUUGGCUGAAGCUGUAGUGGUCUCCCUGCCCGAGAUAAUUGCACAAAGCUAAAUAAAAAAUUUUAAAAAUUGUUUUAAAAAAUUUCUGUGGCAAGAAAUGGUUAAUAUCAAAUCUGCUAUCCCUUUAUUUGAUGAAGAAUGGUUGCAUGUAGCAUUUUUAAGAUUUUCUCAACAAUUUACCAGUACCUAUUUCCAAUUCUUGUUGGACAACGGCAUAGAGAUAGUCAACUUUCAUUCUCAAGAAUGCAGAAUUAUAAUCCUGUUCAGGCCUGCUCCUGAUGUAGUGUAAUAUAUUUUGCAGCACAAACAAAACAAGCACCAGUUUUCCUGGUUGUGGAAAAAGGUGAUGUUAAAAAAUGGAAGCAAAGGAAACAUGCAGGAAUUUCUUGACAACAAUCAGUAUAACAAGGCAGGGAUCCUCAUGUAUGAAAGAGUGUUUGGAAAAGGCUUUGUGAGUCCUGGAGGGAUGACAACAAUGAAGGUGUGAUGACAUGUAUUGAAAACUGAGGUUAUAUCUUCAUUUUACAGGGUAGUAGCUUCUUGUAGCUGUGUUCAAAACCUUGACAAAUCUUUCUUCUUUAUCUCAUUUUGUGUUUCAAGGAAUUUGUUGGUCGACUGAAUCUUCAGAAAGAUCAGCACAUCCUAGAUUUGGGGUGUGGCAUAGGUGGAAGUGCCUUCUACAUUGCUAAUGUGAGUACCAACUGAAGGAUUUCUGAUCAGUCAUUCUUUUUGUAACAGUUUGUUGUACACUAAAUUAAGGGAAUUGCCAUGCACAUCUGAGUCACAACUGUCCUAUAUCAUGAAAUUGUUUUGUUUCAGACAUACCACGCUCAUGUCCUUGGUAUGGACCUGUCCACAAACAUGAUCAACUUUGCUCUUAAAGCAUAUGAAAGUUCUAAAAGUAGCCAGGUGUGUGAAGAGAAGCAAUGAUUUUUUUUCUGCCAAUCUUGAAAUCUUUUGUGUAACUUGGUCAAAGAAUAAUAUUCAUUUGCUGUAUUAAAAAGGUCCAAUUUGAAGUAAGUGAUGCCUCAACAAGAGAGUUCCCUGCUGAAAGAUUUGAUGCAGUAUACAGCAGAGAGACCAUUCUUCAUAUAAAGGACAAAAAAGCCCUUCUCAAGAAGAUUCUGGUGAGACAUACUUGGCUUAUUGCUUGUAGUCCUUUAUUCUGUUAAGGGAAACAUCAAUUAUAUUUCUUACAUUAGUCUUUUGUAUUACUGGGUAGUGUGGUAAACAUACAUGUAUAUGUGUUAUUGUAAUAGGAUAUUUGUAAAAAUCUAACCGUAAUGUUAGUUACAAGGAAUCAAUAACAUUGCAUAAUAUAUUUGGGAUGUCUAUAGCUCAGUGACCUUUUGCAUCAGACUGAAAAUAAAUAGACUUAACUUUUUUUAGGUAAGCAACCCAACCAUUAAUUUGGACAUCAUUUCAGCAUUUACCUCUAAAGAUCUGGUUAAUAAUUCUCCUUUCUUUUUUGUCAUGCAUUUUAAACAACUGAAUGUAGAUGAAAAUGAUUUCAUAUUAAUGAGACAUCCUCCAGCUGAUAAGUUCCUAUUCUCAUCAUCUGUUUGUUAAAUGAUUUGCUGGUGCUGCUAAGAUAAAAAUUGAGGGUUGGAUGUCAAUUAUGAAUUUUUUGAUAGCUUGUUUCAGCUAUUCAGUUAGUAAACAGAAUGUAACAGGUGGACAGAGAAGAUAUUGUAACCCAUUUACCGACUGCACGCCUGAUGCAAGCCACAAAAUUGAUGGGAAAUUGUACUGACUGUAACUACAGGAAACAUCACAUGCACCUUUUUUCAAGUCAUUCAUUCACAAAGACACAAAAUGAAAAUGCACAAAAUGCAUGCCUGAUGCAAGCCACACAAUUCAUGGGAAAUUGUAAUGACUGUAACUACAGGAAACAUCACAUGCACCUUUUUUCAAGUCUUUCAUUCACAAAGACACAAAAUGAUUGUUUUAUUUCACAACAGAGUUGGCUCAAGCCUGGUGGACAGUUAUUGAUCACAGAUUACUGUUGUAGUCGUGGUGAACACUCAGAGCUAUUCAAAAAGUACCUGGCAGAACGCCAGUACCACUUAAUUGAUGUUGAAAGCUAUGGAAAGGUGAGUGUGUUCAGGUUUAGUGUAGCCAAAGUCUGGUUCUUAGUCAGCAAAAGAACAGAUGAACAAAAUAGCAGGGGAGUUGCAAUAAAUGAGAACCUCUUACAUAUGCUUUAAUCCAUUCACUGCUGGCACUGGAGACGUAAAAUAACCUGGCCUCUCAAACUCAGAAUAAGUUAGAUAUAUGAAAAAAAAAGGCAAUAUACUUUGGCACAGAACUUUUCGCUCUUCAACCCCAAUUUUGGUAUACUAGAUUUAAGUUUCUAUUGGUAUGGCUGCGAGAAAUUAAUUCAUCUUUUUCAAAACUUGAUAUUCUGUUUGAAUCUUUGCACAGAUGUUACGUGAAGUUGGAUUUGAGGCAGUCACAGCUGAAGACAGAACAACACAGUUUACACAGAUUCUCGAGAGUGAACUGAAAAAUUUUGAAAAGUCAAAGGAGGAGUUCAUCAAGGUAAUUUAAUCGCUACUUUGUUUUUUUUUCCUACAAAAAUCUUAGUUUGUUCAAUGUUAAAAUAUUGAGAAAAGAAGGAGCUGGUAUUUUGAAGGAGGUAUUGCAAAAUUUAUUUUAAAAAAAAAUACAGCAGGACAUGAAACUCUACCCUCGUAGUCUAGGGGUUUCAAUAGCAGCUGGUUACCAGUGGUCAUCCCUCACUUAGCAGACCUCUUACCACAAUCUUUUUAGCCUGGGAGUAGGCUCUUUGUGUUCAUGUUUCAUCAUGCGGCACCUUUUCAGGCAUGGCAGACCAUAACACCAUUAGCAGCUGCUAUGGAAAAAGUUAUUAAAACCUUUGCCCUGUUUGUCUUUCUCCUCAACCUCUCCAUCAAUACUACACUUUGAAUUUUAUGUUAUUUAUUUAUUUAUUUUAUGUGCAUCUUAUAACUUUGCUUAUGCUUUCCAUCCAGGACUUCUCAAGUGAAGACUACAGCUCUUUAGUGAAUAGCUGGACGAACAAACUAACUAGAUGUAGAGGUGGUGAACAUACAUGGGGAGUUUUCUAUGCCAGGAAGCCAGUUACUUCAUAACUGAACAGAUAUGUUCAUGCCAGCAACACAGUUGCUUCUGGAUUGGGAUGUAGAGGAUUCAUAGCAGUCACCUCUAGCAACCUUAAAUGAAACCAUAAUCUGUGUUCUGAGAAUCAUAGGAGUAUCUAGGGGCCUCUCAAUAUUGGCCCAUUCAAGUGGGCUGGCUUUGCUCACAUGACUCCACCUCACAAUUCUGUUCAUAGCAAAAAUUUGGUUUGAUUUGGUGGGUCAGCCCAUCAUUUUUCUCAUGAUGAUCUCUGAAGUGGGGCGAGAAAAUUUCCACAUGAUUACUCCAGCGCUGUUUCAGUGUGGCUGGUGGCCCUAUUGAUGAUUUACUUUUCUUCUUGUCGAUCAAGUUGUAAUUUUUGACAUGAGUACUUUAAGAAGGCUUUAAUUUCACCUUGAUUAUCCUAUUCUGGCUGUUGGUCAGUGGAGACAAGUGUAAUAGUGAAGUAGAAGUUGGGGGUAACUCCUAACACUGCAACAAUUCUUUCUGUACUUUUUUUUUUUUUUUUUUUUAAUUUUCCUCAAUUAUAAAGAGUGUGUCACAGGCUAAACCUUGUUACACAUAAUUAAAUUUUCUACAUGAACAAGCAUGGCCCAGUGAUCAGGCUUGCGCAAGGAGGCCCCAGGAUAAAGAUGUUGGCAAAACAAACUCCAGGUUUUCUGUCCACUUCUCUCAACAGCUGGUUUAGGGCCGAUUACAGUGCUCUUAGCUGGAUGUGGACCAACAAAAGUCACAUAUUUCAUAAGAAAGAUUCUUAAAUGAAUGAAGAAACCUUUUUAUGCAUAACUACAAACAGAAGAGUAGUUUUACUGUAAAUUGAUAGACAUAACGAGACAGAUUUUCAUACGAAAAAUAAUUUUAAAAAGGUAUAUCCUAUCAUCCGUAUGACUUUAUUAUUGAGUUUAUUUAAUUAAAAUUUGUGCUUCCUGUUUUUCUAAUGGUGUUGUUUUGUUGUCAUCAUGAAUAGAUCAUAUGAUUUCUUGAAAAUGAAGGGAGAACCUUAAGGCAGCUGCGAGAAUAGAAGCGUUCUUUCGCGUUGGUGCUCAAACCUUUCCAUUUCAAACAGUGACUUGGCCUUCAAAACCCAUGUGGGGGUUAUUUUUGAAGUAAUUUUUUCAGUAUCAUCGCCGAAUACUAGUUGUUGUAAAGAAAAAUAGCCCCUCUUUGUUUCUGUUCUUUGUCAAAAGACAUAAACUGUUCCGAGAACCUGAUAGCCCUCCAAGAGCCGAGCUCAUCUAACCUUUUGAGCCCCAAGAGGAUGAUGCUCGUCAUUAUAUAUGCAUGUUUAUUUUCAAUUUUUUUAUUGUUGAAUAGGUCAUGCAUGUUUAUUUUCAAUUUUUUUUAUUGUUGAAUAGGUCAUGGAAAAUAACUAAUUCACAUCUCUUCGAAACGUUCAGUUUGUUAUACUGUUGCAUCCUCCUUGCGCGAUGUGUGGGUAUGAGAACGGUUAAGGGUGUCGACAAUAUUUCGCAGAUCUAUUGGACAGCAAGAAGCAUAAUUAUUCCUCAGCCGGGACCGAUUCACUUUCGUGAUUCUUCUUGACCAACCACAGACAAUCUGAUGAUUGAGACCUCAAUAUUCACUUCCGUCUAAAUCGCGUCGGUGAGAGAGUAUGACAAG